AUCCUGUUCAUUCUAGGCUGCCAAUCAAGAAAGAUAUUGCUGUCAUCAUGUACACAAGUGGCAGUACAGGCCUCCCAAAGGGUGUUAUGAUAACUCAUGGUAACAUUGUAGCAACUGCAGCUGCAGUUAUGACAGUGAUUCCAGAAAUUGGGAUCAAAGAUGUCUAUUUGGCAUACUUGCCCCAAGCUCACGUGUUUGAAUUAGCUGCCGAGACUGUUAUGUUAACUGCAGGAGCUGCAAUUGGCUAUGGCUCAGCAUUGACACUGACGGACACAUCAAAUAAAAUUAAAAAAGGCACCAAAGGAGAUGCUUCCAUGUUGAAGCCCACUCUGAUGGCAGCUGUUCCAGCUAUCUUAGAUCGUGUUCGAGAUGGAGUACUGAAGAAGGUUGAUGAGACAGGAGGCUUUUCCAAAAAGCUUUUCAAUAUCGCCUACAAUCGCCGACUGGUGGCUAUUAGAGGGAGCUGGUUUGGGGCAUGGGGAUUGGAGAAGCUACUGUGGGAUAUAAUUAUCUUUAAAAAGAUACGCUCUGUUCUUGGCGGAGAAAUCAGAUUUAUGCUUUGUGGUGGAGCUCCUUUAUCUGGAGAUACACAAAGAUUUAUCAAUAUUUGCAUGGGUGCCCCUAUUGGUCAAGGAUAUGGCCUUACAGAAACAUGUGCUGGAGCUGCUUUUUCUGAGUGGGACGACACUUCCGUUGGGCGUGUUGGUCCUCCUCUUCCUUGUUGCUACAUUAAGCUUGUGUCUUGGGAAGAAGGUGGUUACACAAUAUCUGACAAACCAAUGCCCCGAGGGGAGAUUGUUGUCGGUGGGUGCAGUGUGACGGCUGGAUACUUGGAUAAUGAUUCCAAAACUAAAGAGGUUUAUAAGGUUGAUGAGAAAGGCAUGCGCUGGUUCUAUACUGGUGAUAUUGGAAGGUUUCAUCCUGAUGGAUGCCUUGAGAUUAUUGAUAGGAAAAAGGAUAUUGUUAAGCUUCAACAUGGGGAAUACAUCUCACUGGGAAAGGUUGAGGCUGCACUUGCUUCAAACAAUUACGUAGAUAACAUCAUGGUCUAUGCAGAUCCUUUCCACAACUUCUGUGUAGCCCUUGUUGUCCCUUCACAUCAGGUCCUGGAGGGAUGGGCCCGUGAAGUUGGAAUCAAAUUCAAAGAUUUAUCCGAGCUGUGCGAAAAACCAGAAGCUACAAAUGAGGUCCUGCAAUCACUAACCAAGACAGCAAAAAUAGCGAAACUCGACAAGUUUGAAACUCCUGCAAAGAUAAAGUUGUUGGCUGAGCCCUGGACUCCAGAAUCUGGGUUGGUUACUGCAGCUCUCAAGUUAAAGAGAGAGCAACUGAAGACAAGGUUUGAAGAUGAGCUCCAGAAGCUGUACCAGUGACACGUUUUCUUGCUUAUUCGCUUAUGCCGAAAAUCAAACUAAUUUUAAUGGAAUAAUUUUUGUUUUAAUUUCGAGGCUGUAAUUACUUGUAAACGUACAUUUGUUACACAAACUAAUAUGUGGGUUUUGAAACCCUGUUUGGACCCUCAACUUAUGAGGGUGCUCUAUUAUGGUUGUCGAAUCUGAUUUUUUUAUGAAAUUAGCACUGAACUUUCAACCGAUGUAAUUUGAACGUGGCAGGCAGAUAUAUGAAAUAAUUUCAUACA